UGGAAAUUAUAAUGGUCCUCUCUUCUCCUCCGCUUCAAUUUGCUUUGUUAGGUUGGCUACCUAGGUUCGUCUAUCUGAGGUCGGUUUUAUUUGAGUUCUCUUUAGAAAGUGGCAAUUGGGGAGAAAGGGGAAGCGGUUAAUCAAUGCCCAGGUAGCCUACAGGAUGGCACCAGCAAGGCGGACGGUGUGGGUUCUUCUCGCGCUGUCUGGUGUUCUGAAUUUGCGCUCCUGCUGGACUUUCACUUGUCCGUCGAUUUGCAAAUGUUCAUUGAAGAGCGAUACAUGUUACAAAGACACGGGAGAGAAACUCAGUUGCACGAGGGAAACGCAACUGAGGUCCCAAGCCGCUCCAUCGUUUAUUCGAAACUUAAGACUAACUCAUCUGCCGUUGAAUGAAGUUCCAAGCAAUGCCUUCAGAGGACUGAUCAACGUUUCCAGAAUUGAGAUAUCUCAGAGUGACUGCACCAGGUACAUAAGAAACCAUGCACUCCUCUCUCUCCACAGCCUGACUGAGAUACAGAUACAGAACAUCAGAAAUCUAAUCAGUAUAGAGAAGGGGGCCUUCACUGAUCUGCCCAAGCUGAGAUACCUGAGUAUCUGUAACACAGGAAUAAUACACUUUCCAGACUUCUCCACCAUCUCCUCCCUGCCGAGUCCAAAUUCUGUAUCUGAGCUGGGAGACAACAUGCAGCUCCACAGUGUACCUGCCAAUGCCUUUCAAGGGAUCACAGAGGAGAGUGUGUACAUGAAAAUUAUAAAAAAUGGAUUCAAGGAAAUCAAGUCGCACGCUUUCAACGGAACAAAGCUGGAUAAACUGAUUCUGAAAGACAACAGGUAUCUGAGGAACAUUCAUGAAGAUGCCUUUGAGGGAGCGUCAGGGCCAACUGUGCUUGACGUCUCCUCCACAGCUCUCGACACACUCCCCCGUCGAGGCUUGGAACAUUUAAAGGUCCUGAUUGCCCGUUCUACCCCGUACCUGAAGACUCUACCUCCUCUGGAAAGCCUCCUAGAGCUGGAGGUGGCAGAGAUCACUUACCCCAGCCAUUGCUGUGCCUUCCACACCUGGCGACGCAAAGACAAGGAAAAAGUUGUCCAUGCACUCUCUCCGAACCUCAAAAGGUUGUGCGAUGACGAUGAUGAAAUCAUGGACCACUCAGCAGACAUUGUGACAGACCUGUACGACAUCAACCUCCAAUACCCAGACCUGCAGCUGAGCCUGUGUCCUGGACCCUUCCAGUGCACCCCGGAGUCCGACGCUUUCAACCCCUGUGAGGACCUGCUGGGGUACUCCUUCCUCCGCUCAGUCACCUGGCUCAUCACUGUAUUUGCUGUGGCCGGGAACAUGGCCGUGCUGGUCGUACUGAUCAUCAGCCACCAGAAGCUCAAUGUCUCUCGGUUCCUGAUCUGUAACCUGGCCUUCGCAGACCUCUGCAUGGGGAUCUACCUCCUCCUCAUUGCAGCCAUGGACUACCACUCACGCAAGGAAUACUACAACCACGCCACGUUCUGGCAGACGGGUGCGGGCUGUGGCGUGGCGGGGUUCCUGACGGUGUUCGCCAGCGAGCUGUCCGUCUACACACUGACCAUGAUAACUUUAGAGCGGUGGCACACCAUCACCAACGCCAUGCACAAGAACAAGAGGCUGCGGCUGAGGCAUGUGGUAGCCAUGAUGGCUGGGGGGUGGGGCUUCUCCCUAUUGGCCGCUCUGCUUCCUGUCCUCGGGGUCAGCAGCUACACUAAGGUGUCAAUCUGCCUGCCCAUGGACAUCGAGUCCCUAGCCUCCCAGGUGUAUGUUGUAGCACUCCUCCUCCUCAACGUCACUGCCUUUUUCAUCAUCUGCUACUGCUACGUACGCAUCUACCUGUCCAUCCACAACCCCGACCUAGCAAUCCGUCACGGUGACUCCAAGAUCGCCAAGCGCAUGGCCGUCCUAAUCUUCACCGACUUUAUCUGCAUGGCACCCAUCUCCUUCUUCGGCAUCUCGGCGGCCCUCCGCAUGCCCCUCAUCACCGUCUCCCACUCCAAGAUCCUGCUCGUCCUCUUCUACCCAAUCAACUCCCUCUGUAACCCCUUCCUCUACACCAUAUUUACUCGAUCGUUUCGGAAGGAUAUACGUUUGUUGUUGAGUCGCUGUAGUUUUUGCCAUGCCAGAGCGGAGUUCUACAGGGCUCAGAACCUGGAAGCACAUAAUAUACCGCCUAAGGGUAGUACUACGUCCCCCAGAAAACAGCCUUUCAGGUUCUACACCUACCACAUCAAGAUGCAAGGAUGCUCUCUCUGCAAGGGAGGAGGAGCAACAUGACUAGUCUCAGUAAAUCAGAACUGUGGGUAAAAUCACAUUUUAAGCCAAUGGUUGAAUGACAACGAAAACAAUUGUCUGUAAAAAAAUAAAUAUACAGAACCAGUCAAGUUUGGACAAACCUACUCAUUCAAGGGUUUUUAUUUUUUCUAUUUUCCACAUUGUAGAAUAAUAUUGAAGACAUCAAAACAAUGAAAUAACACUUAUGGAAUCACAUAGUAACCCCAAAAGUAGCCACCCUUUGCCUUGAUGACAGCUUUGAACACUCUUGGCAUUCUUUCAACCAGCUUCAUGAGGUAGUCACCUGGAAUGCUUUUCCAACAGUCUUGAAGGAGUUCCCAUAUAUGCUGAGCACUUGUUGGCUACUUUUCCUUUUGCGGUCCAACUUAUCCCCAACCAUCUCAAUUGGGUUGAGGUCAAGUCAUCUGAUUCAGCACUCCAUCACUCUCCUUCUUGGUCAAAUAGUCCUUACACAGCCUGGAGGUGUGUUUUGGGUCAUUGUCCUGUUGAAAAACAAGUAAUAGUCCCACUAAGCGCAAACCAGAUAGGAUGGCGUAUCGCUGCAGAAUGCUGUGGUAACUAUGCUGGUUAAGUGUGCCUUGAAUUCUAAAUAAAUCACUGACAGUGUCAGCAGCAAAGCACCUCCACACCAUCACACCCCCUCCGCACUGCUUCAUGGUGGGAACCACACAUACAGAGAUAAUCCUUUCACCUACUCUGCGUCUCACAAAGACACGGCGGUUGGAACUAAAAAUCUCAAAUUUGGACUGAUCAGACCAAAGGACAGAUUUCCACCAGUCUAAUGUCCAUUGCUCGUGUUUCUUGGCCCAAGCAUGUCUCUUCUUCUUAUUGGUGUCCUUUAGUAGUGGUUUCUUUUCAGCAAUUCGACCAUGAAGGCCUGAUUCACACAGUCUCCUCUGAACAGUUGAUGUUGAGAUGUGUCUGUUACUUGAACUCUGAAGCAUUUAACUGAGCUGUAAUUUCUGAGGCUGGUAAACUCUAAUGAACUUAUGUUGAUUUUUGCGACUGCACUUGAAGAAACUUUCAAAGUUCUUGAAAUUUUCCAUAUUGACUGACCUUUAUGUCUUCAUGUAAUGAUGGACUGUCAUUUCUCUUUGCUUAUUUGAGCUGUUCUUGACAUAAUAUAGACUCUAGUCUAUUACCAAAUAGGGUUAUAUUCUGUGUACCAAUCUUACAUUGUCACAACACAACUGAUUGGCUCAAACGCAAUUAAGGAAAGAAAUUCCACAAAUGAACCUAAGGGACACCUGUUAAUUGAAAUGCAUUCCAAGUGACUACCUCAUGAAGCUGGUUGAGAGAAUGCCAAGCGUGUGCAAAGCUGUCAAAGGCAAAGGGUGGCUACUUUGAAGAAUCUCAAAUAUAUUUUGAUUUGUUUAACACUUUUUUGGUUAUUACAUGAUUCCAUACGUUAUUUCAUAGUUGAGGUAGUCACUUAUUAUACAAUGUAGAAAAUAG